AUGGGGCAGGCGUUCUCGACGGCGAAUGUUUCUUUUUGUCGCACAGACAUUCCUGUAAGCGUCCUCGACACUCUGGGAGGAUGGGACUACGAUCGCAUUUGCAGCGCAUGGGCUUCCCUCAUCACCAGCGAUGAAGCCCACACGGCCGCAGACGGCACACCUCAGAUUUUCCUCGCGGACCUUGCGAAGCUGCAACGCAUCACUGGGCUUAGCAAAAGUGAUGCUGAACAGAUUGGGCGGCUUUUCAGCAUCCGAACCUACAGCACCUCUGCGGCAUCCCCGACGUAUACGACGACGUCUUCAAUAGGUGCAUCGAAUCACCGAACAGUAGAGACCUGCAGAAGAUUGUCAACAGGCGUCUCCUCCGACGCGCACGGCGCAGUCUAUCCCAUGCUCGAAAUUCUAAUGGUCGCAGUCGUUCUGGGCAACUUGCAUAGGCUUACAAAGCUAUCGUUGAUCUUUUCCCUCUUUGAUGUCAAGGGAGAAGGGAGACUCUCUGAGGCAGAGUUUUUCCUGAUGUGCUACUUCGUUUUCCGGGGGCUUGCAAAGGCAGUCAAACGGCCCAUUCCAGGGUAUGCAUCCAUUGAGCCCCUCGUACACUCUACGUUCGACGACCUUCAGAACGCGCAGUGCGGUGGGAAGCACGUUACUGUUGUUAACUGUGGCAGUGGGGGUCAGCAUGAAGAGGCGGAUACUCAAGAGGGUUUGCGGGAGGGUGUUUCGGAAGGCGACAUCUGCGGUGGCCCUCGGAAGACAGCGUCUGGUUCGAUAGCUCGCAAUACGAGUAGAAGAACGAGUCAUGAAGAGGCUGAGAGGAGCACUGCUCUAGUGGAGCAGUUGUUUGCCGAAAGGCAGGCGAGCAGGAGUCGAGAAAUGUGCUGCAGGCGAGAGAUGACAAUCGGCGAGUUCAUAAAGUUAACGCUAAAGCCAGGAAGUGCGAUCGACAUUAUUUUCAAGGGCAUGCACGGAGACUGUACGCUGAGCAUAGCUUCGAAUCUCGCCUUCAGGCACUCGCAUCAGUUUCAAACGCGUCUGUUUCAGAAUGUAUUUCUCGUGCAUCAAUGGCUUCAAGGCAAGGCUCCAGACAGGAUUUCCAACGGCCACAUCCGACUGACAGAUCUUGUCGCCGUCUGUCUCGACCUCGCUGAAAAGUCUGCGGAAAUCGUACGGGAAGUAUACAACGUGAUUGCCACAGACAAGCGUAUGGCGCUACAAGGCAUGGUACAUAUUGAGGUGGCACCUGCGUGCGAGCCAGGAACUCUGGGAAAUCAGACAACCCCCCUCCAGGGCGCUUCUAAUGUAGAUUUGGUAGCCGGCGACGGCGAUGACGAGACACUCCGGGCUGAAAAAGCCACUAGCAUGUCUAAGACGGGCCGACGCAAGAUCCCCGCCUACAUUCUUACGGACAUCCUCGUAGACCACCACAUUCGUCGGCAGCUCAGGCAUUGGUGGCCCCAGUUGCGCGUCGAGAGCGCUUUUGAUACCUUCCCUGAGAAGCGACUGGUAUUCAAGAAGCUCAUGGAUGUCUUCUCCAGCCGACUGUUUGGAAGCCCUGUGUGCGGCGCAUCCCUGCUGAAAUGCCGCAUCACCAGUGCUGAGGAACUUAAAAUCCGUUCCGUUAUCCAGGGUGGCCACGAGCCAUGGAUCGAAUUCGCGGUAACACAAGGAUACGACAGUGGAAGGGGGCCACCUAUUCGCGUGUUGGGAGAAGCGAAGACGAAGCCCCUGAUAGCUGCUGCAGAGGACGGCAGUGUAGACUGGAAUGAGGAGCUUGAUAUCGAAUUGCCUGAUUCUCUCGUGGGUUUUACCGAGUAUGGCACUCUUUCUCCCGUCUUCUGGAAAGAUCCAACUACCUCACAGAUUGAGGUGCCUGCUAGGCCGUCGAAAUAUUCAAGCAACGUGCCCAUCUCCCUUCGUUUCCUUGAUGCGAAAGAAUUCUUCCUUUCCCCCAAGGAAAAGACAUAUAGUCGUGAGCGACCUAUUCUUCUCAGCUCCGGCAAGGGCGUACUCGACCGCGUCCAACCUUUGCUGAAGCAUUCAGCGAAGGCACCAACCGUCGAGACUGCUGCCGGGAUACCUUUGAAAGUUGCUCGCUUAGUGAAAGGUGAAGCCGAUAUCGCUGUCGAGUUUGACGUGGGCAGACUCUGGUCGCUGUGUGGAAGUGACGCACUCCUCCGCGCAGUGGGCGGCUGCCUAAUCGAUGAGAACGGAGAGGAGCUGAUCUACAAUGAUUUGUUGUCGAAAUGCGCACCCAAAACGAUGCUUGCGGUUGUCAACCGUGCGCUGCUUCAUGACACAUUCCUGCAGCAUAAUCGUCCCGAAAUCUGA